UGGUGUUUCCUACUGCUGAUGGAACAGUGUCUCCUACUGGGGAUGGCAACAGCGUCUCCUGCUGCUGACAGAUCAGUGUUCCCUAUUGCCGAUGGAACAGUGUUCCCUACUGCCGAUGGAACACUGUUUCCUACUGCUGAUGUCAACAGUGUUUCCUACCGCAGAUGGCAAUAGUGUUUCCUACCGCAGAUGGCAACAGUUUCCUAAUGCCGAUGGAACAGUGUCUCCUAUUGUGGAUGGCAACAGUGUCUCCUCCGAGGGAUGGCAACAGUGUCUCCUGCUGCCAAUGGCAAGAGUGUCUCCUACUGCCGACAGAUCAGUGUUCCCUAUUGCCGAUGGAACGGUGUUCCCUACUGCCAAUGGAACACUGUUUCGUACUGCUUGGAUGGAACACUGUUUCCUACUGCUGAUGUCAACAGCGUUUCCUACUGCUGAUGUCAACAGCGUUUGCUACCACGGAUGGCAACAGUGUUUCCUACCAUGGAUGGCGACAGUGUUUCCUACUAUGGAUGGCAACAGUGUCUCCGAUUGGGGUUGGCAACAGCAUCUCCUUCUGCUGAUGGCAACAGUGUCUCCUACUGCCAAAGGAUCAGUGUCUCCUACUGCUGAUGAAACAGUGUCUCUUACUGCCGAUGGAACGGUGUUUCCUACUGCUGAUGGCAACAGUGUCUUCUACUGCCGACGAAUCAGUCUUCCCUAUUGCCAAUGGAACAGUGUCUCUUACUGCUGACAGACCAGUGUUUCCUACUGCCGAUGGCAACAGUGUCUCCUAUGGCUGAUGGAUCAGUGUCUCUUACUGCCGAUGGAACAGUGUUUCCUAUUGCUGAUGGCAACAGUGUUUCAAGGAGGAAGGCACUGGAACCCUGAGAGGGGCAGAGAUAUGCCCAGCUGGCACAGCCAGCAUGUGGUGGAGUCAGAACUGCCAGCUCCAGACCCUUGUUCUCCCUCACCACACUCACUGCCAGUGACCCAGCUGCUGCCACACCCUCCACCCUCGCAAGUUCUCCGAAGGAGAAGGCCACCUGAACUCUGGGCACAAGAAACAAGCCCUCUGGAUAAGUUACAAAAUGCUACAGGUGCUGGGGAAAUGGGUGGUGUUGGGACCCUCUGCUUAGCCAUAGAGAGUGCAUAUUAGAAACCCACUUAGGCCGGUCCAGUGGCUCACACCUG